AUGGUCGCAAAGACCAACACUCUACACUGGCUUGAAAAAGAGUUGCAAGGGGUCGGAAUAAACCUUGAAGACAUUAUCAUUAUGGACUUGUUCCCAAUGUUGACCGACAAAUGGUUGGAUCGGCACCCUGAUGAGCGCAAACAAGCAAUCGACGAAAUGUUUGCGCUCACACUUGAUUUUAUUCAUACAUUCAAGCCGGCGGUUAUCCUUUCAUGCCAAUGCCUUGAUCCUCAAAGCCACGACCGGUGGACUUCGUUCAAGCACAGCGAGGCUAGAAAGCUACGAUCGUCAAGGCGAGGUGCCGAAGGCCAACAAGUGUCUGAGUUCUCGCACGAAGGUCAUAUUAUACAUAUUGUGCAUGGCUUCCACCCUGCUUCGAUAUUUCGUGGAACCAAAACGAUGACGCCUGGCCGGGCGCAAAGGAAUUACCAGGCGCAAAGGCAGGCCCAGACGGAGAAGCUCAUGCUAGAAGCCUUGCUGGGUCGGAUAUUCGUUUCUUUAUUCCAACCGUAUUCAGUAUGGCAAAAUAAAUACAUGCUCAGGAAGCGCCAGAGUAUUAAGGAACGGGCUAUCAAGAAGCUGAUUGAACAUCUGCGCCAAAAGAAGAUAGAGAUUGACCAGAUACACGAGGAGGGACUUGCUUUGGGCAUGUUCCAGGAGCAAGACGACUUUCCCACACUUGAUGAGUGGAAUGACUUCAGUAGUGCGUUGGAUGCGAUGUUGAAUAAAUUAUCACUCACCAAAACCUCAGGUACGACUUCCAACCUUGGAAAGUUCUGA